AUGGUUUCAGAAUACAUUCGCGGUCAGUCCGACUUGCGUGCACUUUCGCUGCUCGAGGAACUAAAGUAUGUGUUGUUGCAGCAAGACAUGCAUAUUGCCAAACAAGCGAUUGAAAUCGAAAGAUUAAACAAGGAAAAUGAAAAGCUUCGCGGAGAUAUAACACGACUAAAAGAAACUCCAAAGGAUAUUUUGUUCUGCGAUGCAGACAUGAACUCAGCACCAAACUCCCCAAAAGCUGAGCGACGGGAAGAAGACAUGAAGUUUAGGUCACCGUCUAAUAGUGCCACUCGUUUCUUGUAA